AUGGGAGGGAAUCCCAUUUUUCGUGCCAUAUUUACAGCAGUCGGGAGAAACAGGUCCUUUCGUAGUAUAGUAGAACAGAGAAGAUUUCGUUUAACGUUUCAGCAAUUGAGAACUGCGGGCGACAACGAACUACUCGGGGAAGCCAUUACAGAAGCUAUUAGACAAGGUUUACAGCGAGUGGUAACCCAGGAACAAAUCAAUCCUGCCGAUUACUCGUUACUGGUGGCCAUUCAUUCCAAUUCAUUUACUCAUGUCUGGAGUCAAUCUGCCCGUCAUGUACCUUUAAACGAGUGGCUAAGUAAUCAAGACUACGCUCGCGCCUUUUUAGAAGAUUUAGCGCGGAAAUUAAAUUCAGCGGAAGUCGUGGAUCCAGAAAGAGAUGGUUUCUUUGUGGAACUCACAUUUGUGAAAAGGCUGGGACGUGGUGGAGCUUUCAAACGAAACAACCCUGGACGAAUUGCCUGGGAAAAGAUCGCAAAGAAAAAGAAAUGUAUCAUAAGAAUCCAAAACAAAGAUGACUUGUGUUGCGCAAAAGCAAUCAUCACCAUGAAAGAAAGAGUGGAUAAGGGGUCCCAUUACCAAAAUCUGAGACGUGGAAGACCGAUUCAAGAACGUUGGGCCCGUCUCCUCCAUCAAGAAGCGGGUGUUCCCGAAGGCCCCUGCGGGUUCGAGGAAUUGCAAAAAUUCCAAGAUUACCUCGGACCACAGGGGUACCAACUCAUCGUGGUUGAACCCUCAAAAUGUUUAAUCGUUUUUAAAGAUGCACAGUAUAAUCAGGCCCCGCAUGUCAUUGGUCUUGUAAAACAUCAAGGAUAUUUCGAUGGACUCAGAAGUAUUCCUGCCCUUAUGAAUCGAUCCUAUUAUUGUCGUCUUUGCGAUAGAGGUUUCAAUACACAGGACGCCCAACAUCAUAAUUGCGAAGGGCAGAACUGUAAUUCGUGUACUAGAACCAACAAAACGUGUCCUAAUUUUGCUACCUGGAUCAAACCCACCCUUUAUUGUCCAGACUGUAACGUCAUGUUUUACGGACAAAACUGUUUUGAGGCUCAUAAAGCCAAAGGUCCCAAGAGAACAGAUCAAAGUGUGUGUGAUUCAUGGAAGAAAUGUCCUCUCUGUUGUGCCCACUACCCCUUCAAUCCUAAAAAGCCGCACAAAUGCUAUCACGUGUGUUGUACCAAUUGCGGCGAAUUUAAACACGUGAACCAUCGUUGUUAUAUUCAACCCAUUAUUGAAAAAGAACCACAAGAA